GUGAAAGUGUUUCUCUCACAGACUCCAUUUUGUUUCUGCUGGAAAAAAACAAAUAAACUAACUCCAGGCAGAAACGGUGAUAUUAAUGUCACACAACAAGGACUGCUGAGUAAAAGAGUAUAAUUUAUUCCAGCAGUAGAGAUCAGCAUCUUCAGGAUUCAGCAGUGUGUCCGUGAGCUCUCUGUACAUACACUAACAUUCAAACAUGGAGAGCCCUGAUCUGGAGACAGAGAAUGAGACCCCACCCUCAGAAACUCAUGAAGUCAAGAUGAAGAGAUCAGACUCACCAGAACCCAGCUCUGUCUCCAUGAAGAGUGAUAUGUCUAUGGAUCAUCCUUGGAACUUUAAACGUGGAAUCUCCUCAUCUGUACACAGUGAUCCACAGAAGACAGGAGACAGAAUCAAAAAGAUAAUUAUUACAGAUACAAGACACGAACAAGAAUCUGCUGCUGUAAUUGAAUUCCAGAAAAAGUUCAGAUUAAAUCUGAUGAAGAAGUUUGAGUGUUUAAAUGGAGUGAUAAUAAAUCAGGAAAACCGAACACUCCUAAAUGAGAUCUACACAGAGCUCUACGUCACAGAGGGAGACAGUGGAGACGUCAAUAAAGAACAUGAGGUGAGACAGAUCGAGGUAGCAUCCAGAAGAACAACAUCAGAGGAAAGACCAAUCAAUUGCAAUGACAUCUUAAAGCCCUUAUCUGAUCAAGAGAAACCCAUCAGAACUGCGCUGACAAAGGGAGUCGCUGGCAUCGGAAAAACUGUCUCUGUGCAGAAGUUUAUUCUUGACUGGGCUGAAGGAAAAGCCAAUCAGGACGUCCCCCUCAUAUUUCCACUUCCUUUAAGAGAGCUGAAUCUGAUGAAGGACCAGAAACUGAGUCUGAUGGAAUUCCUUUAUGUCUGUUUUAAGGAAACAAAAGAAACAGAAAUCUCCAGUUUGGAAAAGGUUCUGUUCAUUUUUGAUGGAUUGGAUGAGUGUCGUUUUCCUUUGGAUUUCCAGAACACAGUAAAAGUGUGUGAUGUAACUGAAUCAGCAUUAGUGCCUGUGCUGCUGAUAAACCUGAUCAAAGGGAAUCUGCUUCCCUCUGCUCUCAUCUGGGUCACCUCCCGACCAGCAGCAGCUGAUCAAAUCCCCUCUGAGUAUGUCGAUCAAGUCACAGAGGUACGAGGGUUCAAUGACCCACAGAAGGAGGAGUACUUCAGGAAGAGGAUCAGUGAUCAGAGCCUGGCCAAUAACAUUAUCACACACCUGAAAUCAUUAAGAAGCCUCUACAUCAUGUGUCACAUCCCAGUCUUCUGCUGGAUCUCAGCCGCUGUUCUAGAGAGAAUAUUGUGUGAAGCAGAGAGUGGAGAGAUCCCCAAGACUCUGACUCAAAUGUACACACACUUCCUCAUCAUACAGAUAAACAUCAUAAGAGAAAAGUACUCAGAAAAGCAGGAGAGUAAUGAAGAAAUGAUUCUCAAACUGGGACGACUUGCUUUUCAGCAGCUGGAGAAAGGGAACCUGAUCUUCUAUGAUGAAGACCUGAGAGAGUGUGGCAUUGAUGUGAGAGAAGCAGCAGUGUACUCAGGUGUGUGUACCCAGAUCUUCAGAGAGGAGUUUGGGCUUCACCAGAGUAAAGUGUACUGCUUUGUUCAUCUAAGUAUUCAGGAACAUCUCGCAGCUUUGUAUGUGCACCUGACAUUCAUGAGGGAAAAAAGAAAUUUUCUUCAACAGUGUCAGUCCUUUAAUACAAUCUCAGAUGUCCACAUUAGUGCUGUAGAUAAGGCCUUAAACAGUGAGACUGGAUAUCUGGAUCUUUUCCUCCGCUUUCUUCUGGGUCUCUCACUGGAGUCCAACCAGAAACUCUUACAUGACUUAGUAACACAGACAGGAAGAAGCUCACAGAGCAAAAUUAAAACUGUUCAUUACAUUAAGGAGAUGAUCAGUAAAGAUCUUCCUACAGAGAAAUCCAUCAAUCUGUUCCACUGUCUGAAUGAACUGGGUGAUGAUUCUCUAGUGGAGGAAAUCCAACACUACCUGAAAUCUGGAAAACAAAGUGAACUAUCUCCUUCACAGUGGUCUGCUCUGGUGUUUGUCUUACUGACAUCAGCAGAAGAGCUGGAGGAAUUUGACCUGAAUAAAUAUUUCAGUCCAGAGAAGAUAACAGAAACUGUUUUUGUGAGGGUGAUGCCUGUGAUUGCAGCAUCCAGAAAAGCAAUUAUCACCUGUCAUAGAAUUGGAGAGAGAAGUGGUGCAGCUCUGGUCUCAGUGCUCAACUCAGAAACCUCGAAUCUGAGAGAACUGCAUCUGACUGUGAAGACACUGAAUCUGUCUGAGAAUAAACUAACAGACUUAGGAGUGAAGCAUCUCUCUGCUGUACUGGAGAAUCCUCACUGUAAAGUGAAGACACUGAGGUUGGUGUGUUGUGGUGUCUCAAAUGAAGGCUGGACUGCUCUGACUUCAGCUCUAAUAUUAAACUCCUCACACCUGAGGGAACUGGAUCUGUCCUGUAAUAAUUUAAAAGACUCAGGAGUGAAGUGUCUCUCUGCUUUACUGGAGAAUCCUGACUGUAACCUGAAGACACUGUGGUUGCGUGAGUGUGGUGUCUCAGAUGAAGGCUGUGCUGCUCUGACUUCAGCUCUGAGAUCAAACCCCUCACACCUGAGAGAACUGGAUCUGUCAUGGAAUAAUAGCCUAGGAGACUCAGGAGUGAAGUGUGUCUCUGCUGUACUGGAGAAUCCUGACUGUAAACUGGAGACACUGAAGUUGUUGCAUUGUGGUGUCUCAGAUGAAGGCUGUGCUGCUCUCGCUUCAGCUCUAAAAUCAAACCCCUCACACUUGAGAGAACUGGAUCUGAGUGGGAAUAAAAUAGGAGACUCAGGAGUGAAGUGUCUCUCUGCCCUUAAGGAUGAUAAACAUUACAAACUACAGACACUAAGGUGA